AUGCCAUGUGUACCACCAUGCUUCAAAUUCGGUCCGAGAAGCUCGACGCCCUGCCAGGGCAAAGGCCCGGCUGCCUUCGCUGUCUCGAAGGGACAGACGAAGGGACCACCCAAGGGUGUGGGCAAGGCCUCAUCAGAAGCCUCCUGGGCGAAUGGAGGCAAAGACAGAGGCGACAAAGGCAGUGUCUGGGUCCCUGGCAAGGGGGCCAAAGGCGACAAAGGUAAGGGCAAGUUCAAGGGCAAGGGAAAGAAGGGGGCGCCCCCUGCCCCGCCCGCCGACCACGAGUUCUGGCAG